CUUUGGUAAGUAGUGCGCAUGCGCAGAUACAAACGCUUGAAUAUGAUUGUUACAUGACCGUUUCAGUCGCGAUAGAUUGAAUAAAUUCAGUGUAAACUUGGCAGAAGAAGACGAACACGGUGGUACAAUGGCAGAAGAAGAGCAGGAGGGCAAGACCAAGGGUUUCCGGCUGCUGGGGAUUCUGGAUGUCCAGAAAACUCCCUGUGCCAGAGACGCCGUGCUGAAUGGAGCUGGGGGAUCUCUAGCUGUUGGCCUGCUACACUUUCUGGCCACUAGUCGGGUGAAGAGGUCUUUUGACGUGGGAUUUGCAGGCUUUAUGCUGACCACACUUGGGUCCUGGUGUUACUGCCGGAUGAACAACGCUAAGCUUCGUGUGCAACAGAGGAUGAUCCAGGACGGCAUCAAGAACAAGGUUGUGUAUGAGGGGACCAAUCUAGACCCAACAAACAAACCUGGAGCACCUGGGCCCUCGUGACCCUGAUGGGCGCAAAGUGAGGGCCCGGUCAGGGUCCUACAAAGACGUUUUUUCAAAAGACUGAUUUUUGGAAGGAACUAAAAAUCCAUUUUUUUUUGUGUUGGUGUUUUGUUUUGUCUGACAACGUAGGAUACAGCAAAUCCAAAGUAUUGGAUCUCAUAUUCCGGACCCCUGCAUGUGGACUUAUUUAAUAAUUUAAUAGGACUUUUUGUUCCUAGAUGGUAUCCUGAUCCUGAAACAACAACAACAAAAUGUGGUUAUUUUUUAUGUUGUUCCACCAACAUAUACCAAGCUACUGGACAAGUUAAAUCCUCACUCUCCUUUUAAGUCUGUGAUGCAUGACGUGUUGUGAUCUCUGAAAGUGUGUUCCGGACACAGAUCAACCGCUACAUAGUGACACGCAACCAAGUGACACGCAACCAAGUUUGAAUCGAACCCGGGACGUUGAGGUUGUGCACUAGAGAACUCUGGUUACUUACGAUUUAGUGCUCCGCUAACUUGAAUUGGGGUGAAAUGAUUAAUAUGAGUAAUAUAAAUUAAAUAUAAAUAUGUGCAGUGUAUUAGCAGUUACCUUUUUAUAAGAGAAGAAUAAAUAUGUCUGUGUAAUAUGAACAAUGUGUUAACAACAUAUACAGAUAUGUGCAAUGUAUAAUUCCUAAUGGGGGCAACAGGAACUACAGCUGUAAUUCCACUGCCUUGACCGCAAUGUCAUAUCCGCCUUUAAUUUUUGAUAGGACAAUUAGGUGAGAGAGGUUGGACUCGAACCCUGGACCUCUGCUUUGAGGCAUAAACCUCGGUACAUGUGCGCCUGCUCUACCACUGAUCCAACCUAGUAAUCCAUCUUUAUAAAUCCCACCUGUUCUUAACGACCUUGCAUCAUUCACAAUUAGGACUAUUUGCAUUCAGAAAUGCCUUCAGUUAACCAUAUACGGUAAGAAAACGUCCCUUAUCAACCACAUGACUGUGUUUUUCCCCUCAAAGCGAUAAUGACAAGGAGAGCAAAGAAGAGGAACUUCUCCAACACAGAAAUGGGAGAUAUAGGUAGACAAGGUUAAAUCCAACCAACACAUAUUGUUUGGUUCACUCAGUGCAGGAGGUUUUGCAAACAAAAGGUAAAAUACUGCAUGGGAGAAGGUCCAUGACACAAAUCCACAUCUUUUGCCAAAUCUUCCCAUUACUCUAUAAGCCAUUGCCUUUUUUAAAGUUUGUCACAGCUGUCUUUUAUAGGAUCCAACACCAAUAAUGCAACUUCAAAUCUGUUUAAAACAUACGUCUUGAGUGUUAUUGAAUAAAAAGAAACAGCACAUACGUUAUGUGGAUGUUGAUUGCGUAAUGCCUGCUGUAACACUCUCAAAUGCUUUUUAUUUAUAGUAUCACUAUUCUACCACUAGAUUCUGUUCGUAAGCACUGUUGAUAAAUGAGGCCCCUCGAGUAUCAACUGAUCAGUGAACUGAUUUCACUGUAAGUCAACCAGAUUUUGAUUUGAUUUAUUUAAUUGCAUUAAGAAUGCCUUACACAGGAAAAGACAUCCAAUAUAAUCGAGGAUAAAAACAAAGUCCAGGACUUACUUCCAUCAUGGGCCUCAAUGCAUAACAGGUCAAGACAAGACACUUACAGAGUGUGUAAUAAACAUUGACAUGAUAUAUUUUACUUAAAUA